AAGCUUUACUCUUCACUUCUUCCACCAUUCACAACUUCAUCUGCUUUCAAGCGUAGCAGUUCACUCCAUAACCAUGGCUAAGGAAAUGACUCUGCUGUGGGGCUCCGGCUCUCCUCCCUGCUGGAGGGUGCAGAUCGCUCUGGAGGAGAAGAGCCUGCAGGGCUACAACCACAAACUGCUCCGCUUUGAUAAAAUGGAGCACAAGUCACAGGAAGUGAUGGACAUGAAUCCCAGGGGUCAGCUCCCUGCCUUCAAACAUGGAAACAAUGUCCUGAAUGAGUCCUAUGCUGCCUGCUUGUACCUGGAGAGUGAGUUCAAGUCCCAGGGAAACAAACUGAUCCCCGACUGCUCGGCUGAGAAAGCACUGAUGUACCAGCGCAUGUUUGAGGGUCUCACGCUCAACCAGAAAAUGGCUGAUGUUAUAUACUACAACUGGAAGGUCCCUGAGGGAGAGAGACACGACUCUGCUGUGAAGAGAAACAGAGACGUCCUGAGUGCUGAGGUCAAGCUGUGGGAGGGAUACCUGCAGAAGGCAUCAGGCUCUUUCCUGGCAGGAAAGAACUUUUCGCUGGCUGAUGUGACGGUUUAUCCAUCUAUCGCUUAUCUCUUCCAUUUUGGGUUGUGUGAAGAGCGUUACCCUAAACUGGCAGCUUACUAUAACUCCAAUAAGGACAGACCCAGCAUCAAAGCCACAUGGCCUCCUACCUGGCUGGAGAACCCACAGGGACAAGACCAACUGAAAGACAUUUGAGAUUAAAACACAUUUCAGCGGACACACUAACUGUUAACUGUUGUGUAAUAUGUAACCACUCCUUGCAUUGCACUGCUCUCACCGUGUGUUUUACGAAAUAUGCAUUUGCUGUUACUGUGGUUGUUAAUUUGUUUGUGACUUAAACUGCAGAUUAAUCUUUUUGUCUUGUAAAAAGCAAUAAAUGUGACUUUCAGCUUUG